GGCCUAGAAAAAAUCACGCCCUACGCCGUUUUCGCACUAGGCGUCAUUUGCUUCAUCCCUGGCCUGUACCAUGUUUUCGCCGCUUUCUUCGCCACGAGGGGAUUCUGCGGGUGCCACAUGGACGAGAUUCCGAACUUCAACCUUUCGCCAUGAUUACGCCGAAUUCGCUGUAGUAAAUGCGCCUUGCUUCUCAACCACAGAUCAACAACGCAAGCUCUCGUCUCGUCUGAUUAAAACGAACGGCUAAAG